CACCGCCCCCUCCAGCCCAAAGGGCGGGGCUACGGGAGAUAAAGCGUAACCCCACCUUAGACCCGGUGGCCCCGCCCAUGCCCCCAAGCUGGGAAGUGUAGUUUGGAGCAUGCGCAGUCCUCAAAGUGGGGGCGGCGGGGAACCGAGAUGUGGGCGCCUGGCCGGUAGUUAGGGCCAUGGCGGACUCGAAGCUGCUGGUGCCCGAGCUAAGCGAGGCAGAGAAGAUGGGCGCUGAGACCAUGCGUUUCGAGGAGCUACUGCGGCAGGCCUCCAAGGAGCUCCAGCAAGCCCAGACAAGCAGACCAGAAUCCACACAGAUCCAACCUCAACCUGGUUUCUGCAUAAAGACCAACUCCUCCGAAGGGAAGGUUUUCAUCAACAUCUGUCACUCUCCUUCCAUCCCUCCUCCGGCUGAUGUGACCGAGGACGAGCUGCUUCAAAUGCUGGAGGAAGACCAAGCCGGGUUUCGCAUCCCCAUGAGCCUGGGAGAGCCUCAUGCAGAACUGGACGCAAAAGGCCAGGGUUGUACCGCCUACGACGUAGCGGUGAACAGCGACUUCUACCGGAGGAUGCAGAACAGCGAUUUCUUGCGGGAGCUCGUGGUCACCAUCGCCAGGGAGGGCCUUGAGGACAAAUACAGUCUUCAGCUGAAUCCAGAGUGGCGCAUGUUGAAGAACCGACCUUUCCUGGGCUCCAUCUCCCAGCAAAAUAUCCGCUCCCAACAGCGUCCUCGGAUCCAGGAGCUGGGAAACCUAUACACUCCCGACUCCCCGAGACCUGAGGAAGGCCCUGAGAAGCCUCACCUGAACCUUUGGCUGGAAGCCCCUGACCUCCUCUUGGCUGAAAUUGACCUCCCCAAACUGGAUGGAGCUCUGGGGCUGUCGCUGGAGAUUGGGGAGAACCGGGUAGUGUUGGGGGGCCCCCAGCAGCUGUACCAUCUGGAUGCCUAUAUCCCCCUGCGGAUCAACUCUGAGGAGAGCAAAGCAGCCUUCCAUAGGAAGAGAAAGCAAUUGAUGGUGGCCAUGCCCCUCCUGUCGGUGUCUUCUUGACCUGCUUUCUUUCUGUGCUUCUAAGUGGAGAGAAGAGGCUCGUGGCUUCUCUAAAAUGGAAAUAAAAGAUGUUUGCCUUU